UGGUUUCCUCUCAUUUCCGGGUCUGUCAUGUGACUCUCCGGCCGCACCAUGGCGGAAGCAGAGGAGCAGGAAACGGGGUCUCUUGAAGAAUCUACAGAGGAGUCUGAGGAGGAAGAGAGUGAAGAGGAGCCCAAACUGAAGUAUGAAAGGCUUUCCAAUGGGGUAACGGAAAUUCUUCAGAAGGAUGCAGCUAGCUGCAUGAUAGUCCAUGACAAGUUUUUGGCACUGGGCACACAUUAUGGCAAGGUUUAUUUACUUGAUGUCCAAGGAAACAUCACUCAGAAGUUUGAUGUAAGUCCUGUGAAGAUAAAUCAGAUUAGCCUGGAUGAAAGUGGAGAACACAUGGGCGUGUGUUCAGAGGAUGGCAAGGUGCAGGUAUUUGGACUGUAUUCUGGAGAAGAAUUUCAUGAGACUUUUGACUGUCCCAUUAAAAUCAUUGCUGUACACCCACAUUUUGUGAGAUCCAGUUGCAAGCAGUUUGUGACUGGAGGGAAGAAGUUGCUGCUGUUUGAACGGUCUUGGAUGAACAGAUGGAAGUCUUGUGUUCUGCACGAAGGGGAAGGGAACAUAAGGAGCGUGAAGUGGAGAGGCCAUCUGAUUGCUUGGGCCAAUAACAUGGGUGUGAAGAUUUUUGACAUCACCUCAAAGCAGAGAAUCACCAAUGUGCCCCGGGAUGAUGUAAGUCUUCGCCCAGAUAUGUAUCCUUGCAGCCUCUGCUGGAAGGACAACGUGACACUGAUUAUUGGCUGGGGAGCUUCUGUCAAGAUAUGUUCGGUGAAGGAGCGGCAUGCCAGUGAAAUGAGGGAUUUGCCAAGUCGGUAUGUCGAAAUAGUGUCUCAGUUUGAAACCGAAUUCUACAUCAGUGGACUUGCACCUCUGUGUGAUCAGCUUGUUGUACUUUCCUACGUAAAAGAGAUUUCAGAGAAAACGGAACGGGAAUACUGUGCCAGGCCUAGACUGGACAUCAUCCAGCCACUUCCAGAGACUUGCGAAGAGAUCUCUUCUGAUGCUUUGACAGUCAGAGGCUUUCAGGAGAAUGAAUGUAGAGAUUAUCAUUUAGAAUACUCGGAAGGGGAAUCACUCUUUUACAUCGUGAGUCCAAGAGAUGUUGUAGUGGCCAAGGAACGAGACCAAGACGAUCACAUUGACUGGCUCCUUGAAAAGAAGAAAUAUGAAGAAGCUUUGAUGGCAGCUGAAAUUAGCCAAAGGAACAUUAAAAGACAUAAGAUUCUGGAUAUUGGCUUGGCAUAUAUAAACCACCUGGUGGAGAGAGGAGAAUAUGACAUAGCAGCACGCAAAUGCCAGAAAAUUCUUGGGAAAAAUGCAGCACUCUGGGAAUAUGAAGUUUAUAAAUUUAAAGAAAUUGGGCAACUUAAGGGUUUUGCCACAUUGAUCCGUGAGUGGCCUGGGGAUCUGUAUAACAAUUCAGUAAUAGUUCAAGCAGUUCGGGAUCACCUGAAGAAAGACAGUCAGAACAAGACUCUACUUAAAACCCUGGCAGAAUUGUACACCUAUGACAAAAACUAUGGCAAUGCUCUGGAAAUAUACUUAACAUUGAGACAUAAAGACGUUUUCCAGUUGAUUCACAAGCAUAAUCUUUUCAGUUCUAUCAAGGAUAAAAUUGUCUUAUUAAUGGAUUUUGAUUCAGAGAAAGCUGUUGACAUGCUUUUGGACAAUGAAGAUAAAAUUUCAAUUAAAAAGGUAGUGGAAGAAUUAGAAGACAGACCGGAGUUGCAGCACGUGUAUUUGCAUAAGCUUUUCAAGAGAGACCAUCACAAGGGGCAGCGCUACCACGAAAAACAGAUCAGUCUUUAUGCUGAAUAUGAUCGACCAAACUUGCUUCCCUUUCUCCGAGAUAGUACCCACUGCCCGCUUGAAAAGGCCCUUGAGAUCUGUCAACAGAGAAACUUUGUAGAAGAAACAGUUUAUCUUCUGAGCCGAAUGGGUAAUAGCCGAAGUGCCCUGAAGAUGAUUAUGGAGGAAUUGCAUGAUGUUGAUAAAGCCAUCGAAUUUGCCAAGGAGCAAGAUGAUGGAGAACUCUGGGAAGAUCUGAUUUUAUAUUCCAUCGACAAACCACCAUUUAUUACUGGCUUGUUAAACAACAUUGGCACGCAUGUUGACCCAAUUCUACUAAUUCAUCGUAUUAAGGAAGGAAUGGAGAUUCCCAAUUUGAGAGAUUCCUUGGUUAAAAUUCUACAGGACUACAAUUUGCAAAUUCUGCUUCGUGAAGGCUGCAAGAAGAUUCUCGUAGCUGACUCUUUGUCCUUACUGAAGAAAAUGCACCGGACUCAAAUGAAAGGUGUUCUAGUCGAUGAGGAGAAUAUCUGUGAAUCGUGCCUUUCCCCCAUUCUUCCAUCAGAUGCAGCUAAGCCCUUCAGUGUGGUGGUCUUCCAUUGCCGGCACAUGUUCCACAAGGAGUGCCUGCCCGUGCCUAGCAUGAAUUCUGCUGCACAAUUCUGCAACAUCUGCAGUGCCAAGAACCGUGGACCAGGAAGUGCAAUUUUGGAGAUGAAAAAAUAGCUCAUUUCUGCUUGUCAGAUUCUUUCUCACCGCUCUUUCUGAGACUAUUUUUGCAACAACAGAAGUGUUUGACACCACUGCUGUUAAGAGAUUUGUUCCUGUUUAUAUUAUGCUAAAAAACAGUUUCCUCAUCUAUGUCUGUCUACUAGAGGUUUCUCUUUGCAGUUGAUAACGAAGUUCAGGCUCUCCCCAUGCCUUGAAAUAAUUUGGGUCCAUAGUCAAUAUUUUGUCAUUUGUUUCUUUGGUUCAUUCUUUAUAUAGUAAAUGGAAACAUAAGUCUAGAGUUAAAAAUGAAUUUUUCAGACCGUAGUAGAACCAUUCAACAACAAAGUUGACUGCUAAGAAUUGUCCCAGCUGCCUAAGAACAUCGCCAACUGCAGUUAUCCAGCAAGCUCCUACCCACAGCUCGGACCUUGUUUCCAUAUGCUCUGCUGGCACCCAUUCUUGCAUUCAGCAUUUGACUUGUUUUUAUAUGUCAUCAACUGUGGUUAUCUUCUUAAUAGGCAUUUAAUGAAACAUCGUGCAAAUUGUCACUCAUUCAGUGACAUCUGGGAAUAAUAUUAGCAGGCUGUUUUCCUGUGCCUUGUAUGUUUGCUAAUCACAUGUUCUGUGUUCCCUGAUGACUAGCAGAGUGUCUGGCCUUGGCAGGUACUCAGCAUUUGUUGACUGAAUAAAUGUUAGCUCUUCUC